UGCAGGCUACUUUGUUUAAACCGAGUGACAGUCUGGCAGUGGUGUUAGCGGAUGAAAAUUCGCGUCCGUUCGUUUGUAUUCGAAGAAUAUAAACCACCGAAACCACUAAACAUGAAAUUGACGAUCAGUAUUUGUGUACACUUGGUUGAAGCCGGCUGGUAACCAUAAAGUUUUGUUUAGCUAUUCCGGUUGUUACUAAUCUUAGAAUGAAUUCGCUUCGAGUUUGUAAUGUUUUAAGAAAAACAGCGGUAAAUAGCGAUCUUUUGCUACGAGGAUUUGCCACCUCCAACGUGCUCAACGAAAAUCACAAAUGCAAGGUUUUGGUGGUUGGCGGUGGAGCCGGUGGCUGCGCCGUGGCAGCCAAAUUGUCCAGCAAAUUAGGUCAAGGAAAAGUGAUAAUACUCGAGCCAGCUGAGAGACACUACUACCAACCAAUGUUCACGCUGAUUGGUGGCGGGAUAAAAACUUUAGCCGACAGCUUCCAGCCCAUGGGCAAGGUACUGCCAACACUCGCAAAAUGGCUCCAAGAUUCUGCGGCUAAAUUUGAACCGGAAAAGAAUACAGUCUACACGUCAAACGGAGACAAAAUUGAGUAUGAAUUGCUGCUUGUGGCCGUAGGUGUUCAACUAAACUAUGACAAAAUCCCUGGUCUGGUGGAAGCACUGUCGAUUCCGAAGGGUAAAGUUUGUUCAAACUACUCGCCAAAGUAUGUCAAUCGAACGUUUGAAGCGCUGCAGGCGUUUAAAGCAGGAAACGCAAUCUUCACCUUCCCUAACUCUCCCGUUAAAUGUCCCGGGGCUCCGCAGAAAAUUCUUUACAUUGCGGAGCACUAUCUUCGAAAGUCCAAGAAGAGACAGAACGCGACCCUUAUCUACAAUACGUCUCUUCCAGUGCUCUUCGGGGUCAAACACUACGCUGAUGCUCUGUGGAAGAUUGUUAAAAACCGUAACAUCAAUGUCAACCUACGAACCAAUCUGAUUGAGGUUUUGCCCGGUCAGAACAAAGCCGUUUUCCAGAAUUUGGACAAACCGGAGGAGAAAAUCACUACGGAUUACGAGUUCCUACACGUGACCCCUCCGAUGAGUGCACCAGAUGCACUAGCAUCCUGUAAAAAUCUCGUCAUGGAUACAGGUUUCGUUGAUGUCAACAAGGACACCUUGCAACAUUCCAAGUUUAAUAAUGUGUUUGCUAUCGGCGAUUGUUCAGGGUCUCCCAAUUCAAAAACCGCAGCCUCCGUUGCGGCUCAGUCACAGGUGGUCUACAAAAAUAUGAUGUCGGUAAUCAAUGGACACACACCGGCUCGAAUCUUUGACGGAUAUGCCUCCUGUCCAUUGGUCACUAGCUACAACACCUGCAUAAUGGCUGAAUUUGACUACAGCUUGACUCCACUGGAAACGUUCCCGAUAGACCAAAGCAAGGAACGCUACACGAUGUACCUCAUGAAAAAAGAUUUAAUGCCUCCACUCUACUGGCACUUAUUGUUGAACGGAAUGUGGAAUGGACCGGGCUUUGCUAGAAAAUUGAUGCAUUUCAAAUUUUAGUUAACUUUAGUUGUACCUUAUACAGUUUGUUAAAUAUACGAGUCAUCCAGUCGA